AUGGGGAGGUUAGGGAUUUUGCCAAAUGGUCACCUUCCCUACUUUUACACUUUCAAGAGAAAUUCAAGGUCUGUGAUAUCGAUAACGCCACGAAGGGAGGCGUCGAAAAGCGGCACUGCCACAAACUCUAGAAAUUUGGGGAAGGGGAAGGCGGUGGUUUUUGUUCAUGGUCUGCCGCCACCGCCGAUAGGUUCGUUGAAUGAGAGUGUUGCGAAGGUAGUUUUGGAGAACUUGGAGGAUUGGAGACGGUUUAGAGAUGCAAGAUUGUUAGACAAGGUGAAAAUGGAAAGGAGGAACCAAUAG